AUGAAGAUAUUACCUUCUAUUAUCGAAUUAAAUGAAGAUGAGAUGGUGUCAUAUUUAGAAGAUUGUAUCCAAUCAAUUAAUUCUAUUUUAUCAAGUGAUACCAUCCCUUUCGGUGCUUUGUAUGUCUAUAAUGAUCGAACUCAUCAUGUAUUGAUGCAAACAAUUAUUUCUAUCUGCAUUUCACAUAAAUGGGAUUUUGUUAGUUUUUAUCCAAAAUAUACUAAACUUAUUUUUACUCUCUUUUGUAAUAUUGGUAUGGUGUCUUGUGAUGACUUCUUUGGUAAUCAUCUUCAUGAAACAUUACUAUUUUUGUUUAAUGCUUUACAAUCUGGUGAAGAGUCUGCUAUCCCAGUUUUUGAACAAAUCAUCUUAUUCACUUUUAAAAGCCAUCUUCUAAAAUCUGUAAGAAUCAUCACCACUCCUUCAACCGAUCAUUCUUUGUUAUUGUCUCAACAUUUGGACUUAGUCAAAAACAUCAUUGAAAUUCUCCUUCAAAAUCUACUUAAUGGAAAUAUGGAUUUAUAUUGUACUUCUAAAGCCUUAUUACCUUCUCUUCUUCUUUAUCCUAAAAUAUAUCACCAUUUGAAAUCUUCUCUUUUACUCAAAUACUCAAAUUCUCCUGACUUAAAUCUCGCAUUCUGCCAACUCGACGCUUCUAUCUCUUCUUCUUGUGAUGGGGAUGCUUACGAUAACUUCUUUAACGCUUGCCAAGUCUUCCAACAUACUUCUUUAUCUCUGCUCAAACAAUAA